AUGGCGCGGUGGCCGGUCGCCCUCCGCCACCUCCACGUAGGCUGUGAACAGCACGUGCGAGCGGCUGCUGUCGGCGUUCAGCAGGUGCCCGGCCCGCUUGCGCCGCUGCUGGCCCUCCUGCAGCACCAGCUGCAAGUCGUCGGCGUUGAGGCACUCUACAACCAUCAAGUCCUCUACAAAGAAACUGUUGGCGUCCCGAGACCAGCGGCAUUUAAGCCCCUCGUUGCCGCUCAGCAGGUCGUUGAUGUGCUCGUUGAAUAG